CAGCUCGCUCUGACAGACGCUCAGUGAAGCAACACGCUCGGCUAUAAAUACAUGACUCACAGCGGAGGCUCUGCUGGCUGCACAGCGUCUGUAUUUACAUACUGAACCCUGACGACUCGCAGAUCCUCACCUUACCGCUGACAGCCAGUUAGGGUUAUUUAUCUUUUACUCUGCUUUUCAAACCACCAGAAAGUUUCCCUCUGGUUUUUUUGUGUGGACAUUUUCUGUUUUUGCCCGAGUGCUUUCUGUAAUCUGAGGAGGGCUGAUUGGACACAGUCGGCUGUGUUUUGGGUAGAGCAACGAUGGGAGACUUUUGGGGAGAUAUUGCCAGUCAGAGGGUGGCCAGAGCGAUGUCACUGGGGAACGAUGAGGAGGCAGUGCUGGACCAGGGGAAGACCAGCUCCACCCCCUACACUAACUUUGAGAAAGAAGAGCUGGAGAGUCACAGAGCGGUGUACGUCGGCGUUCACGUUCCUCUGGGUCGACAGAGUCGAAGGCGUCACCGUCACAGAGGACACCGGCAUCACCGGAAACGGCGGGACCGCUCAGACCGGGAGGACGGACGGGAAUCGCCCACAUACGACACGCCGUCUCAGAGAGUCCAGUUCAUCCUCGGGACGGAGGACGGAGACGAGGAGCACAUCCCCCACGACCUGUUCACCGAGCUGGACGAGCUCGCCUUCAGAGACGGAGACUUCCAGGAGUGGAGGGAGACGGCCAGGUGGCUGAAGUUUGAGGAGGACGUGGAAGACGGUGGUGAACGUUGGAGUAAACCGUACGUGGCCACGCUGUCCCUCCACAGUCUGUUUGAGCUGCGUUCCUGCAUCCUGAACGGCACCGUGCUGCUCGACAUGAGGGCCAACACCAUCGAGGAGAUUGCAGACAUGGUGAUUGACAGCAUGCUGGCUUCGGGUCAGCUGGAGGAGGGCGUCCGAGAGAAGGUGAGGGAGGCCAUGUUGAGACGUCACCACCAUCAGAACGAGAAGAAGCUGAGCAACCGGAUCCCGCUGGUUCGAUCCUUCGCUGACAUAGGCAAGAAACACUCCGACCCCCAUUUACUGGAACGCAACGGUCUUCUGGCAUCCCCUCAUUCAGCUCCAGGAAACCUCGACAACAGCAAGACCGGCGAGAGUCGCAUCAACGGCGGCAACGGAGGCAGCCGGGAAAACAGCACCGUGGACUUCAGUAAGGUGGAUAUGAACUUCAUGAAGAAGAUCCCUCCUGGUGCAGAGGCCUCCAACGUCCUGGUGGGUGAAGUCGACUUCCUGGAGCGGCCCAUCAUCGCCUUCGUCCGACUGUCCCCCGCCUUGCUGCUGACCGGCCUCACAGAGGUCCCGGUGCCCACCAGGUUUCUCUUCCUGCUGCUCGGCCCCUUUGGAAAAGGUCCACAGUACCAUGAGAUCGGACGCUCCAUGGCCACUCUGAUGACGGACGAGAUUUUCCACGAUGUCGCCUACAAGGCGAAGGACAGGAACGACCUGCUGUCGGGGAUCGAUGAGUUCCUGGAUCAGGUCACUGUGCUUCCUCCAGGUGAAUGGGACCCGAGCAUCCGCAUCGAACCCCCGAAGAGCGUCCCGUCUCAGGAGAAGAGGAAGAUGCCGUCCGUCCCUAAUGGCUCCGCCCACAGUGCUGACUUCGCCAAGGAGGCAGAGCAUCAGUCAGGACCAGAGCUGCAGAGGACAGGGAGGAUCUUUGGCGGUUUGGUGAACGACAUUCGGAGGAAAGCUCCCUUCCUGUGGAGUGACAUCAGAGACGCCCUCAGCCUGCAGUGUUUGGCGUCCGUCCUCUUCCUCUACUGCGCCUGCAUGUCGCCCGUCAUCACGUUCGGAGGUCUGCUGGGAGAAGCCACCAAAGGAAACAUAAGCGCCAUAGAGUCUCUGUUUGGAGCGUCUCUGACGGGCGUGGCCUACUCUCUGUUUGCUGGUCAGCCUCUCACCAUCCUGGGCAGCACCGGGCCAGUUCUGGUCUUUGAGAAGAUCCUCUUCAAGUUCUGCAGUGACUAUGGUCUGUGCUACCUGUCCCUGCGGACCAGUAUCGGACUCUGGACUGCCUUCCUCUGCCUGCUGCUGGUCGCCACAGAUGCCAGCUCUUUAGUUUGCUACAUCACCCGUUUCACAGAGGAGGCCUUCGCCGCCCUCAUCUGCAUCAUCUUCAUCUAUGAGGCCCUGGAGAAGCUGGUCCACCUCGGGGAGCUCUACCCCAUCAACAUGGACAACCAGCUGGACAACCUCACCUUCUACACGUGUCAGUGUUCUCCGCCUGCCAACGCCUCAGCUGAAGUCCUACAGAUGUGGAGCACCAAAAACGUGACGUCAGAAAACAUUGAGUGGGACCAGCUGACUGCAAAGGACUGUGUGGAUUUACACGGGGAGUUCAUUGGCUCGGCCUGCAGCCACGGCGGCCCCUACGUCCCCGACGUCCUCUUCUGGUCCGUCAUCCUCUUCUUCACCACCUUCUUCCUCUCAUCUUUCCUCAAACAGUUCAAGACCAAGAGAUACUUCCCCACCAAGGUUCGAUCGACCAUCAGUGACUUUGCCGUCUUUCUGACCAUCAUGAUCAUGGUGUUAGUGGAUUAUCUGGUGGGAGUUCCUUCGCCCAAACUCAACGUACCCGACCGCUUCGAGCCCACGUCGAACACUCGAGGGUGGCUGAUCUCCCCCCUGGGUCCGAACCCCUGGUGGACGCUGCUGGCCGCCGCUGUCCCUGCUCUGCUCUGCACCAUCCUCAUCUUCAUGGACCAGCAGAUCACCGCCGUCAUCGUCAACAGGAAGGAGAACAAACUCAAGAAAGGUUGUGGCUACCACCUGGAUCUGCUGGUGGUGGCGGUGAUGCUGGGUGUGUGCUCCAUCAUGGGCCUGCCGUGGUUCGUAGCGGCGACUGUGCUCUCCAUCUCCCACGUCAACAGUCUGAAGCUGGAGUCAGAGUGCGCGGCGCCGGGGGAGCAGCCGAAGUUCCUGGGAAUCAGGGAGCAGAGAGUCACUGGGUUCAUGAUCUUCAUCCUGAUGGGCUGCUCCGUCUUCAUGACCUCCGCCCUCAAGUUCAUCCCGAUGCCUGUCCUGUACGGAGUCUUCCUCUACAUGGGAGUGUCCUCGCUCAGAGGCAUUCAGCUAUUUGACCGCAUCAAACUGUUCGGCAUGCCGGCCAAACACCAGCCGGACCUGAUCUACCUGCGCUACGUCCCCCUGUGGAAGGUCCACAUCUUCACUGUGGUGCAGCUGUCCUGCCUCAUCGUCCUCUGGACCAUCAAGGCCUCGGCCGCCGCUGUUGUCUUCCCCAUGAUGGUGCUGGCUCUGGUGUUCAUCCGGAAGCUUCUGGAUUUCUGCUUCACCAAGAGAGAGCUGAGCUGGCUGGACGACCUGAUACCGGAGAGCAAGAAGAAGAGGGACGACGACAAGAAGAAGAAGGAGAAGGAGGAAGCUAGGCGGAUGCUGGAGGAGGCCGAGGACGAUCUGCCGUACAACGGAGGGAACGUCAUCGACUUCCCGAUCAAAACCCUGAAAGGACGCAUGGACCCAUCAGAGGUCAACAUCUCAGAUGAAAUGGCCAAAAGCGGCAUUUGGAAAUCCAUGAACUCUGAAAGCAGCAAAGCUCUGAAACGCAGCAACAGAUGCCUCGUUGCUGGCGUUGUGUCUUCCAGCCAGGAGAAGCUGUCGAGCAUCCAGAUAAACGUGGAGAACGAGGACGGUCGGAGAGUUGUGGACGCUGAGACAUCGCUAUGAUCUACCUACCGGGGGGGGCCACUGUUGGAGCACGAGGAGGGAAACGCUGCUAGCCCUCGGUCUUCUCUGAACACAGUCGAAAGGUCGUGGGAGGACCAAUCAGGCUUCACCUCGCCGCGCCGUACUACUCAUGCUGCGUUUCCUCGGACGAAGGUGAACGUUUUAUUUUCUCAUCGUUUUAUGGUGAAACACGGAGACUCCACCACUGGGAGCAAAUAUGGCCGCCACUUUUGGAAACAGCUUCCUGAGGUUUCUUUGGUUGGUUUUUACUCGGGCGCUCCGCUGCUGCGCUGUGAUUGGCUGCUGGAGCAUCGAACCCAAACACGGACUUAGUGGACGCCCGAUUUUCCUGAUGAUCUGAAAAAGUUUAAUUUUAUCGUUUUAAAUGUCUGUUUCUGCUUUCAUGAAGCAGACGAGGCCGUUCCCCCCCGACAGGUCCAACGCAGGAAGGAGUUUUUAUUUAAUCAUCAUGCUGAUUUAAGUUGUAUAUGUGUCUGUGUGAGUGUGUGGCUGUAUACCUGUGAGUGUGUGCGAUCACUGUUGUGCCUCACCUCGUUGCCUGCAGUGGCUGAACGAAUGAUGUCACAGCCACUGUCGUCGUAGUUUCCUCUUCAAGUUUAAAUAAAAUCAGUCUGGUGACGACGA